CCUGCGCCAUCCAGUGGGUGUGGUGCAGAGCCGUGUACACUGUAACAGCGCAGGAGCAAAGCCUUGGAUACAGAGCAAGGAACACAGAGUCAGACAGAGAGUGUGUACAGCACAGAAUGGCUUCAUCUCAAGGGAAGAGCGACCUGCACGCUGCAGACUGGAUGGCAACUUUACCAGAACACAUCCACAGGGUUCCACUCACCUGUUUAGCUAUCCCAGGGUCCCAUGACUCCUUUAGCUUCUACAUUGACGAGGCUUCUCCAGUGGGACCAGAACAACCAGAAACCGUUCAAAAUUUUGUGUCUGUGUUUGGUACUGUUGCUAAAAAAUUGAUGAGAAAAUGGUUAGCCACUCAGACCAUGAAUUUUACAAGCCAAAUGGAGGCUGGCAUAAGAUAUUUUGAUCUCCGGAUUUCAACAAAGCCUAGAGACCCUGAUAAUGAAUUGUAUUUUGCUCAUGGAUUAUUUAGUGCCAAAGUGAAUGAAGGUCUUAAAGAAAUUAAUGCCUUUCUGUCCAGUCACAGUAAAGAAGUGGUCUUCUUGGACUUCAAUCAUUUUUAUGGGAUGCAAAAAUACCAUCAUGAAAACCUAGUCCAAAUGCUAAAGGACAUCUUUGGGAAUAAAAUGUGCCCAGCUAUUUUUGCCCAGGAAGUUAGCCUCCACUAUCUGUGGGAGAGGAAUUAUCAAAUCUUGGUGUUUUAUCACAGUCCAGUAGCUCUCGAAGUUUCCUUUCUGUGGCCUGGGCAAAUGAUGCCGGCACCCUGGGCAAAUACCACGGACACUGAAAAACUCAUUCAGUUUCUGCAAUCUUCAGUCGCUGAACGAAGAAAGAAAGGAUCUUUUUUUAUCUCUCAGGUGGUACUAACACCAAAGGCUAGUACUGUGGUUAAAGGAGUUACCAGUGGUCUGAGAGAAACCAUCACUGAAAGAGCCCUGCCUUCCAUGAUGCAAUGGGUCCGGGCGCAAAAGCCAGGAGAAAGUGGAAUCAACAUUGUCACGGCAGAUUUUGUGGAACUUGGCGACUUCAUCAGCACUGUCAUUAAGCUCAACUAUCUCUUGGAGGAAGAGGACAGCACAACUUGAUAAUGCAGGAUCCGUUCUGGGAAAUCAAAUGACAUGCUGCAGUGUAAUUGUAUUAGUAAUGUAAUAUUGUAAAACACAGAACUCUUCCUAUCAGUUUUGAAUCUCUGAGUUGCUUGAGUCUUGUAGAUAGAGGGCUAAUUGGGAUAGGUGAAACAUUUUAGCUUUCAAAAUGAUUCUUCAUUUACCACCUGGAAAUCGAACACAAUGUUAACCAGAGCAGAAGCAGGUGCUUUGAAUAUGCUCUUUUAUUUUUGGAAAAAAAGAACAUUUUAACCAAAGCAUAUCAUGUAUUUAGUAUUAUUAUUUUAUGAUUUAUAUAGCACCAGCAAAUUGCAUAGCGCUGUUAGUAGGAAUAUUUAGUUCCAUUGGUGGAUAUUUGAUUUAAAAAUCUAUAUUUAUUUUGAAUGAUGUUAUGGUUAACCCCUAGCUCUACUGAGAACUCAUUUUUUUUUACAAAUGGAAGAGGUCUUUUUUACUUUAAAAAUGUGUGCUUUAUGUGUACGUCACUACAAUUUUGAAUUGAUUUUAUUGUUUGCCAUUGUUAUUUCAAGCAGGAACUACCGUACAAGUGGGUGCAAUUAGGAUUGUGUAUUAAGAAAGGAUGUACAUACUUAUCAUCUCAGUCAUUAGGUUAACGAUUCAUACAAUAUUAAC